CGAAAGGCAAAAAUAUCCGACAAUUAUCCGUUCCUCCCUCCUCCGCGGGCCAGCUGAAACUUCACCUGCGCAGCCGCUCCCGGCGCCGUGACCGUCCCGGCGACCGGCGGUUGAGAUGUCUCCUCACCUCCUCUCCUUUCCGGCGUCCUAUCCAGUCAUCAACUGCCGCGUAUUGACGGCCCCGCCUCCGCGCUCUUUUCCUUCAACCUCCGCCUCGCUGCCGCCACUCUCCUCCUCCUCCUCCUCCUCUGCACUCCAGUGCCCUCACUUUGAGUCGUGCUCGGGCUGCUCUCACGAGCUCAAUCUCCACCGCCCUGUGGUCGUGGACGAGGCCGCGGAUUUCUUCAAGAGCUUCGGGGUCUCCGAUUUCACGUUCGACAGUUGCAGACUGUGGGAAUGGAGGUGCCGUGCGAAACUGGCCGUUCGCGGCUCUUCGUUGAAUCCCCUCAUCGGACUCUAUGAAGAAGGCACACACAACGUAGUCGAUAUUCCUCAAUGUAAAGCACAUCAUCCUAAUAUCAAUGCUUGUGUGGAACUGUUGAGAAAAGGCAUUAGACAGCUGAAUAUAGAACCAUAUGAUGAGGAUCAGUGGACAGGUGAUCUGCGAUACGUACUGAUGGCUGUGACCACAUAUAAUACGUCUCUCCCUGCAUCAGAAAGAUAUCGAAAUGGAAGAGUUCAAGUUUCUCUUGUUUGGAAUUCGCGGAACGAAAAAUCAACCAAUGCAGAAAAGUUGAAUGAGUUGGCUUCUUUUCUAUGGAGGAAUGGUGGGUCUAAAAGCAAAGUCCCAUUGAUUCAUUCCGUGUGGGCUAAUUUUCAGACAUCAACAAACAAUGUUAUUUUUGGAAACAGAUGGAGACAUCUAUUAGGAGAGAGGGAGUUCUGGGAAAAUGUUGGUGGCAUUGAUGUUUCAGUAGAUCCAUCAAGUUUUGCUCAAGCGAAUACGCAGGCUUUUGAAAACUUACUUCGGAAGCUGCAGAAGUAUGUUCCUUAUGGCGCAUCAGUUACUGAUCUGUAUGCAGGAGCUGGUGUGAUUGGAUUGUCUCUAGCUGCCACUAGAAAAUGCAGGUCAGUGAAAUGCGUGGAGAUAAAUAAAGAGUCGAAGCAAUCUUUCGAGAAGACAGUUGAGCGCUUGCCAAAGUUGGUGGAUGGAAGCAUCAGUUGGCAUCAAGCUGACACUUCAGUUAAACCUAGUUCUUGGCUCAUGGGAUCAGAUGUGGUCGUGGUCGAUCCUCCUAGAAAGGGACUGGAACCUUCACUAAUCGAUGCAUUACAGACAAUUGCUUCAGUUGAAAGAAAGGAAAGGAGACCACCAUCUGAGAGUGAUUCUCCUGAAGACAAGGAGGAAAAGAGACCGUGGAUACUUCGGGCAAGGGAAGCUUCAGUUCAAGUCGGAAAGGAUUUAAGUUCAGAGACUAAUAAACAGUUGGUACCGAAAACCCUUAUCUAUAUAAGCUGUGGCUGGGAAAGCUUUAAAGAGGAUUGUAAGGCUUUGGUAGCUAACAAGGCAUGGCACUUGGAAAAAGCCCAUGGAUUCAACUUUUUCCCUGGCACACGGAGCAUAGAAGUUUUGGCCAUCUUCAAGAGAGGACCGAGGGUGCAGCUUAAGAAGAAGAAAACCAAGAAGGAAAAGAAGAAACGGUUGUGAGGGUAACUAUCACCGAGAACACGCAGCUAUUAACUAAAAUUUACCUCAGAGGCAUUUUCCCAAGAGCCUGCCAUACUAGUAAUAAGUUGUAGCAAAGAGGAAGAUGGCGUAAUUUACAUCCCGAGUAAUUAGUUUAGUAUAAUUUACGUGUGAUCUGUUCUAGCAAAGAGCAAGUUCUAUGUUGUUAACUUGACCGCCUCAUGGAAGACGUUAUUUAUCCAUGGGAAGAAUCUUUUUUCACACCAUUUAGCUGUUUCAUUUGUUGUUAUUGUCCC